GAACACCAGAGAAGCAGUUGGAGACUAACCUCAAGAGUUCGUAGGAAGAAAAGAGAAAAAAAACAAAAAACGGUGCCUUAACUUAACCAUUGCUUCAACACUGUCACUGCAAGAAGAAAUGGCGACAGGAGACUAUGUCAAUUCACCAUUGUUUGAAAGGAGGAACAGAGGGGAGAGGAGAGAAAAUAACCAUUCAGGAGAGUCCAAACUGUACAGAUUGGUUGGGGUCAGCUUCGGCCUGCUGUGCAUCCUACAGUCCGCUCUCAAUGUUUCUCUUCGGCUACACGCCGUUGGCUUUUCUGACAACAAUACCUCGACCAGCAACUUCACCCUGAUGUCAGCUGGUGACAACAGAGCCCUGAUUUUAGAGAGCGAACAACUGCUUCAAGAUAAAGACCAUCUGGUUCUAGAGAUGAAACAACUACUUCUACAGAUUAACCAAUUGCUUCAAGGGAAAAACCAACUGGCAGACGAAAAGAAGGGGCUACAGGUCACUAACAGGCGCCUGACCGAUUACAAGAACAUGUUAAAUGCGAAGAUCCUCGAAAAACAGAAUCAGAUACACCAACUUUGGACCAUAAUAUUAGUGGCAGAAGAAAACAACCCAAGAUGUCCCCUGGGAUGGUGGACGUACAACUCCAGCUGUUACCAGCUUUCGUCUACGACAAACACCUGGGAGUAUGCCAGAAAGGACUGUGUGAGGAAAGGAGCUCAUUUGGUGAUUCUGAAUAAUAAAAUGGAAGAGAGAGUGGUCCGCAUUUUGGGAGGUGCUGUCAAAAUGUGGAUGGGCUUGAGUGGUCAGAAAAACCCAGUCUUAUCGGGAUGGACAUGGACAUGGGUGGAUGGGAGCCUGCCGUCUUUUACUAACUGGAAUGAUGUGGAGCCAGACUGUUUGAACACCUGGGCUUGGAGUUGUGCAUAUAUUGACGAAAGCAGGUCUCACUUGAAGAACUGGUUCCUGCACACCUGUCAAGAACAUCACUACUGGAUGUGUGAGAAGGAAUGUUCCAAUAUCUGACCUCAGUAAGGCUUGCAUAACAAACAUCUGCAUAUAUGUGCCUUCUAUUCAUUGUCAUUGUUAGUUUAAUGACUUUUUUCUCUAAUAACCUUGAAAUCGACGUGUCAAUGUAAGGCCACACGUUUUCCCUGUAAUCUGAGUCUGCACAUUGAGCAAGGCAUCAUCUGAAAGAAAUAUACAAAUGUGAACUUCAGAGGAGUAUUUUUUUGCUUUGUGUGAACCAGCUAGAACAAAAAAAGAAGAAGACAAUAUCUUGCCACUUAUUUGUUUAUGUUACGACUGGUUUUUUCUUUUUCUUUUUUUGUAUUUAGAGAUCAACCUCAAUCUUUAAUGCGUUUUACUCUGGCUAUGAGAGCCAUUAAAGGCAUGUUCAGCGCUUGCCUUUAGAAAGCAAUACCACUGAAUUGCAGCGUUCAAAUUUAGUUCAGCUACAAAUGUUUCACAUUCAUGGAACUGAUGAAUCUCCAAGAUGCCUUGGAGGUGUCAGGAAAACGGAACAAAACCCUUCAUACAAAUCAUGAGUUGUACGAACUACGGGUGACCACUAGAGGAUGUUAUUUUCUUAUUUUUUUAGUGACUUGUACCCUUCAUGUCAAUGAAAUGUAUUCUUACAGUUAUGAAAUCAGGAUUUUAGAAAGGGUUUGCAGCAAGCAGUCAGUUUAAUAUAUAUAUAUUUCAUUCAUCCUCUCAAAGCAUUUUCCUG